ACAAGGGCAAAAUCGUUCUUAAAAUUAGAGGCAUUUGGGACGUGCAAUUUAGUCUUCCGCCUUUGAUCCUCUUCUUCUCCGCCUAUUCUUCUUCCGCCUUUGAUCCAACCUCUUCCUCUUCUUCUUCCGCCUCUUCUUCUCCUCCAACUAACUUCCUUCAAUCUCAGCUCCCAAGAUGAUGCACAUGACCUUCUAUUGGGGCAUCAAGGCCACGAUCCUGUUCGAUUCGUGGCGGACCGACUCCUGGACCUCCUACCUCCUCAGCCUCGUUGCCCUCUUCGCCGUCGCCGCCUUCUACCAGUACAUGGAGGACCGCCGCCUCCGAUUCAAGCUCCUCGCCACCAGAUCCAAGCCCUCCCCGAUCGCCUCCCCUCUCCUCGAACCCGCCCCCUUCUCCGUCGCUGCUCCCGUAGCCAGGGCCGCCACCGCCGUCCUCUUCGGCGUCAAUUCCGCGAUCGGGUACUUGCUCAUGCUCGCCGUCAUGUCCUUCAACGCCGGCGUCUUCCUCGCCGUCGUCGUCGGCCUGGCCGCCGGGUACUUCCUCUUCCGGAGCGGCGGGGAGGAGGACAUGGUCGUGGUGGAGAACCCCUGCGCCUGCGCUUGAUCGGAUCCGAAUCCUCCUCGUACGUUUCGCCCCUCAAAUUGCAGCCUUUUCUACCUUAUUUUUCGGAUCGUUUCAUCUCGCUCUAUUGCCCUUCUAUGAACUGAAAGAAAAAGAAUACGAUAUUUAUGGUAAAACCUCAUGUACAUGGUUGUUGUAUUAUCCUUUAUCUUGUUCAGUCUUUGAUAUGCUAUAGAAAUCUUCAUCCUGUUUGAUGAUGAACUUAAAUUCUUCAAUCUUCAUCCUAA